AAAAAUCGUCUCUUGGGAUUGGGUGUCUUCUCUUUCUUUCUCUCUCUUUUUGUCAUCGACUGUUCGAAGUUCUUCUUCUUCUCCCUUUUUAUCUCUCUGUUCCCUGAUUCAGCCACAUCCACAAUCUCUCUUUCUCUUUUGUAUAGUUUAUCAUCUAGCUCUUUCUCAGGUUUCAUUUCUUUAACUAUAAUAAUUCGAUUGUUCUUAUUAGUAGCUUCUUGAUUCAAAGCUAUAUGAUUGACUUGUUGUACUCUGUUUCUCUUUUUACAAAAAGAUUUCCUUUUUCGAAUUUUAUCAUCAUCUUCGUCUCUGUUAAAUUCUUACAAAAGUAUGAAAUCAUCAGAACUUAAAAAAAAUUAACUUUAUAUCUUUCAUGAUUUCAAACAUCAUCCUCUGUUUUUGUUUGCGUCACUGAAUUGAAGUGGAAACUUUACCUAGGGUUUUGAUAUCUUCUUGACCUAAAUUGAGUAUUUCAUAUUUUUUUCAUUUCUUGAAUUCAUCUGUAAUUGCGGCGUAUAUAGAGAUUAAGAUGUUUUAACCUCUUUAAAGAAUUGUUCUUUUAUUUAUCCAGUUUCAGUUUCAAACUCACACGUCUCUCUCUCUCUCUUUCUCUUUUUUCAGACAAAACAUCAAUCGGAUGAAACUCACUUAAACAACAAAACACUUUCGAUUUAUUAUCCAAUGGCUGUGUAUUACCCUAAUAGUGUCGGCAUGCAAUCUCUUUACCAAGAAUCCAUUUACCUCAACGAACAACAACAACAACAACAACAAGCUUCUUCUUCCUCUGCUGCAUCUUUCUCCGAGAUUGUUUCCGGUGAUGUUCGAAACAACGAGAUGGUAUUUAUCCCACCAACAAGCGACGUAGCCGUCAACGGAAACGUAACGGUGUCAAGUAACGAUCUAAGCUUUCACGGUGGAGGACUUUCUUUAAGUCUUGGUAAUCAGAUCCAGUCAGCUGUCUCUGUUUCUCCGUUUCAGUAUCAUUACCAGAAUCUUUCGAACCAAUUGAGUUACAAUAAUCUUAAUCCUUCUACUAUGUCUGAUGAGAAUGGGAAGAGCUUGAGUGUUCAUCAGCAUCACUCUGAUCAAAUUUUACCUUCCUCUGUUUACAACAACAAUGGUAAUAAUGGUGUUGGAUUCUACAACAAUUACCGUUACGAGACAUCAGGGUUUGUGAGUAGUGUACUGAGAUCUCGUUACCUUAAACCAACACAACAAUUGCUUGAUGAAGUUGUUAGUGUAAGGAAAGAUUUGAAAUUGGGGAAUAAGAAGAUGAAGAAUGAUAAAGGUCAAGACUUUCACAAUGGGUCUAGUGAUAACAUUACAGAAGAUGAUAAAUCUCAAUCGCAGGAGUUGUCUCCUUCAGAACGUCAGGAGCUACAGAGCAAGAAGAGCAAGCUUUUAACAAUGGUGGAUGAGGUAGAUAAAAGGUAUAACCAAUACCAUCAUCAAAUGGAAGCUUUAGCAUCGUCUUUCGAGAUGGUAACAGGUCUUGGAGCAGCUAAGCCUUACACAUCCGUAGCUCUGAAUAGAAUCUCUCGCCAUUUCCGCUGUUUACGCGACGCGAUAAAAGAACAGAUUCAGGUGAUCAGAGGGAAGCUUGGGGAGAGAGAGACUUCUGAUGAACAAGGAGAGAGGAUACCGCGUCUUAGGUACUUAGAUCAACGGUUGAGACAACAGAGAGCUUUGCAUCAACAACUUGGAAUGGUUAGACCAGCUUGGAGACCACAAAGAGGCUUACCUGAAAACUCUGUCUCUAUACUUCGAGCUUGGCUCUUUGAGCAUUUCCUUCAUCCAUAUCCUAAAGAAUCAGAGAAAAUCAUGCUUUCAAAGCAGACAGGACUAUCGAAAAACCAGGUUGCAAAUUGGUUUAUUAACGCGAGAGUUCGACUAUGGAAACCAAUGAUUGAAGAGAUGUAUAAAGAAGAGUUUGGAGAAUCAGCAGAGUUACUCUCUAACUCUAAUCAAGACACCAAAAAAAUGCAGGAAACAUCUCAGCUCAAACACGAAGACUCUUCGUCUUCGCAACAACAGAAUCAGGGAAACAACAACAACAACAUCCCAUAUACAUCUGAUGCAGAACAAAACCUAGUCUUUGCAGAUCCUAAACCAGACCGUGCUACUACUGGAGAUUACGACAGCUUGAUGAACUAUCAUGGGUUUGGUAUUGAUGAUUACAAUCGUUACGUUGGCCUUGGAAACCAACAAGAUGGCAGAUAUUCUAAUCCCCAUCAAUUACACGACUUUGUUGUCUAAAAGAUUCCUGAGCUUUUCACAAGCUUAAGAACUGGCAAUGCCAGUUGAUUGGGGGAGUAUGAUUCUUGAAGCGCAAGAAAAUGCGCUCUUGGCAUUUUUAUAGAUAGGGGUUAUACAAAUAUGUAUAUCUGUAAUAUUUGUUGUGGCAUAUAUAAAGGAUAGAUUUUGUGAAAACUUUAGGUGUUAGACUUUACAUUUGUAUAUGAAAAUUGAGCUUUGUGUACACUUUGGUAAGCCGAUAUUGUAAUGUUUUUGUUUAUAAUCUUCAUGAUGGUAUAAACAAUACUUUUAAGUGUGAACAAACUGAAA